AUGGGCAUCCUUCUAUACAGCCAAGACGCGGGAAAGACAUUCCCAGACCGGAUUUUCCGUAUCAUGACAGAUUUGGGUGAAGUGAUAUUCCUCCCUCCCCAGUUUGCCGAGGAGAUCAAAAGCGACCACAGGUUUAGCUUCACGACUGCGUUCGAAAAGGUUUGUGCCUUCCAGACCGCGGCCACUGGUUACUUCAGGUCGCUAAUGUGCGCACUUUGUGUUCAGGAUUUCCAUGCCGGGAUCCCUGGCUUUGAGACUGCCGAGCUUGGCGGCCUUGAGAACGGGCUGUUACAGCUUAUUACACGGAAGCAGUUGACGCGAAAUUUAGGCAAGUCUCAUACCGCUCCAAGUGCAAUGGGUCAACUGGGUACUCUGUCCGAUGAGACGGCCAAUGCUUUGGCCAUCAACUUCGAAUCAUCCGGAGAAGCCGCCCAAGUGUGGACUGAGGUCGUAGCUAAAAACCGAGUACUCGAUAUCGUGGCCCGCGUGUCCUCCCGAAUCUACCUUGGCGAUGAGCUAUGCCACGAUGAGCGAUGGCUAGCAAUCACUAAGCUCUAUACGACUCAUUUCUUCACUGCGGCUACCAAGCUCCGCAUGUACCCAAGCAACGUCCGUCGUUUGGUCCACUGGCUUAUACCUGAGUGCAAGCUUCUCCGCUCGCAGUUCAAUGACGCUCAGCAGAUUCUACAGCCCAUCGUCAACCAUCGCAGAGGCCUACGCCGUGCCACUCUAGCUACUGGCGAGUCGGUCCCUGAGUUCGGCGACGCUCUGGGCUGGGUUGAACGAGAAGCCGCCGCUAAGUCCGUCCACUGCAACCCCUCGAUCUUCCAGCUUCUGCUAUCGACAGUGUCAAUCAAUACCACGGCCGAUCUUCUCGAACAAUGCAUGCUUUGCAUCGCACAAUAUCCAUCCAUCAUCAGUCCCCUCAGAGAGGAGAUCUGCCAUGUCCUGCGCCACCGCGGUUGGUCCAAAUCCUCGCUAGCCAGCAUGAAACUUCUAGAUAGCGUCAUCAAAGAGUCGCAACGUUUGAAGCCAACUAGUAUCGCGGCUAUGCGACGACGUGUUGAAGAAAACGUCACGCUCUCAAAUGGGGUUACUCUGAAGAGAGGCACGCGAGUCUACGUGGAUGCCUCUCGAAUGUGGGAUCCCAAUCUGCACCAUCACCCAGAGCAGUGGGAUGGAUAUCGCUUUCUGAAGUUGCGCUCCAUUCCCGGCAGGGAAACGAUGGCCCAGCUGGCGAGUACCAGUCCAGACCAUCUCGCCUUCGGGCAUGGUGAACAUGCUUGUCCAGGACGAUUCCUGGCGAUUAGCGUUAUCAAGAUUGUCCUCUGUCACUUGCUGCUCAAGUAUGAUUGGAUGCUGUCACCAGGCACAGACGUCAAGCCCGUUACAAACGGUAUACUUCUCGUUGCAAGCCCUACGGCCCGGUUGCUUGUUCGACGGCGGAGAAGAACGGCGGCGGUUCCCGAUGCGAUUGGAUGA